UUGACACAGAGGCAAGAGGCAGCUGGGAAAUGGCCUAUUUGCUCUAACCUGUUUCGGCUUUUUUCACAACCUCGUUCCCAGGAGUUUUCAACGUUGUUCUCAGGUUGAGAGAACCUGGGAACGACGUUGCUGUUCUCGCCGUCGCUUUGACUCUUAUUACUCUUGUACGUACUGUAUUUAGACAGCAAAGAAAAGAAAAAAUAGAAAAAAAUCCGUUCAGCGUUUAGACCUCUAAGAGGAAAAUUACGCUAUAGGAUGGCCGGUGCUACAGCUUCGAUACAGCUAUAUAAGUCAAGAAAGAGAUGAAUUCUUCAUGUUGUACCGAUUCUCCCAAAGUUUAUAAUAGGGGCCGAAGAGUUUUUUUGUUAAAAUAAAACCCUUCCAGUCACCAUAGUUAAUAGGGGGAAAUAAUUUUGAAAAUUUGCAAAGUUCUUUGUUAUGUGUGGAAGAAGUGGCAAUCAAGUAUAAGAGUGAUGGGGGAGGUAUAGAGGAUUUCUUUUCGCUGUAAUUAGGAUGGUGUCAACUCUUUUAUUGAUUCACUAAAAAUUAUUCCUCCGGAAUGUUUUUUUUUUUUCAAGGAGACGUGUUUUGGAAUUUGAAUCGAAUCUCAAAUUGAAAAACCUAAGAUUUUCUGGUCUUGUACGAGGUAGGUUUAAUAGAUUUGGUGAAGAUGAGAGUAAUUCUUGUGGAUUUUGAUUUCCUCCUGGGUCGUUCACACGCCCUUUCAUUUGCACUGAUCCUUUCUUUCCGCUUCCUCCAGUUUCCCUCCCUCUUCCCUUCCUAAGGAAGGCCCGGUGCUCAGGCUACCCGCUUUUCUCGUGCAUGCUUUGCAGACCUAUUUACUUUUACUCGCAAUGCAGUAUGGGUCAGUAAGUUUGCACGUGCGCAGUGGUGGUAUUGAAUAUCAAUAUGGCGGACGGAAGACAGGUUACCGCGAUUAUCAUUUUGACCUGGAUUAUACUCCUUCGAAAUGCAGGAAAUUCUUGAUUUUACGUACGGACCUUUCUGGAAACGUUAGCACACCACUUACCUGCGAUGGCUCAGUGCACGCAGAGCGCUUUUGAAUUUAUACAGAGCGCCUUUUGCCCUAUGGUCGCUGUUAUGUGCAGCGAAGAUGCCGAAAAAGUCUGCCAGAAGAACAACUUGAGUUUUGUGGAAAUGGUGCGUCCGUUUUGCCAUCUAACAAGUGAAGCUCAUAUCAGAGACCCUUCUGGUGUCAUCCACUCUGUGAAAAACUGGCGCAUACGACUGGUUGAAAUGUCUGCCACGCACCCUCCUCAGCAUGUUGUGAACAAACUAUUGAGUGAAGUCGUGUCGAGAACGCAGCCUCUUAACACUGACCCUAGCACCCUGACCCCAGAAGCUCAGGCAAGAGGUGGGUAGGAGAAAUGUACAUCAGAGCUGUACAUUGUAUUUAAAACUCUAUCACCUCAUUCAUUUUACCACAAGAAAUAAUCUAGACAUUUUCUUACAAGUAGAUUGUACUUUGGCCUCAUUGUGCUCAUGUGAACAAGGUCCCAGAACCUGCAGUUAGAGUGAAACCUCCUCUCUAAAAAAACUAGUUUUCCUCUACAACUGUCAGCUCUCUAUGAUGGAGCUGGGAUUUUGUUGUUCUUGCUGUACUCAAUAUACAGCCUGAUGUCAACAGGAGAGCUGUAAAUUUCUGAGCCUCCCUGCAGAACCUGUAGACUGUCCUGCAUUAAGGAGGGCUAAUGCUGGCCAGCAGUUGUUUUCAGUUCAACUUAGCGUAAAUUACAUUUACCUAGCCACAUAAAAACCUCUUAACCUUCUGUGAUCACUGUGUAUGUAAUGUAGCCCC